AUGUCGUCCCCACCUCUGCCCAUACCCACGCGGCAGCAACGGUUGGAGACGUACGGCCUGGACACGGUGUCGUCGCUGGUGUGGUCCGAAUGGGAGGUCGGAGGCGAGUAUACCAAGCUCUUGACUAUCCGCAAUGUGACGACGGACGUGGUGCAUCUUCGGUACACGCUGCCGGCCACAAAGUACUUUUCGAUGGCCUUUCCCGAGUCGUUUCAGCUCUCGCCAGGCAUUGCCGUCUCGCUCCCCAUCGCCUUCCGACCGGUGGAGCUCGCAGAGUACGAGGAUGUGGUCAUGCUCGAGGUCCGACCGACAGGGAGUCGGCGUGGCGGGCGGUUCGGCAUUCCCGUAACUGCCGUACUGCCGCAUCUGGCUCUGACCGCUCCGAGAGUGGUUGACCUUGGCUUCUGCAGCGUCAAGGAGGCCGUGAGCGCCAAGUUGACGCUGAAGAACGACUCGGAGGUUCCAGCCACGUUUGAGGCCUACGUUCCGCCACCGUUUUCGGUCACUCCGCGGAUCGGAGCCCUUGCCCCGCACUCCGGCGUGGUGCUCGAAGUGGUGUUCUCGCCCGGCGAGGCUGCGCCGUUUGAGGCGACCCUCUCGAUCGAUGCGGUUCCCGACGGAGCCAGCGGCGACGAGAGGCUCACUUCGGUCUACACUACCCUGCAUGCGACAGGCAAAUACGCAUUUCUGGCCGUUUCAGAACCGCAUGUCGAGUUUGGCGACGUGUACCUGUCGCGGACGGCAACGCGGGUGCUGACGCUCUCAAACGUGUCCGAAGUGCAGACGCAGUUCCGUGUCACGCACGCCACAGCCGGGAGUGACCUGCCGUUCUCCAUCAGCCCGUCGCGUGGUAGCGUCGCCGCACACUCGUCGAUCAACGUGCAGGUGGCAUACAAGCCGCAAGCGGCGGGUCUCGACUCGACGUCCAAAUUCUUCUUUGAGACGCCCGGCGGCAAUGCGCCUGCGGUGAUGGUGUCGGGGCGCGGCGCGGCGCCGUCGAUCCGGCUCGACAAGAGUGGUCUGGCGUUUGGGGCGCUGACAGUCGGCGGGCGGGCGGUUCGGGUGGUGACGGUGGCUAACACCUCGCCGGUGGUGGCCAACGUGGCCAUCGAGAGUGCGACAAGCGGAGUGUUUCAGUUCUCGACGACGUCGCUAGCGCUCGAGCCGUACUCGGAAGCCAAAGUGCAGGUCGAGUUCUGUCCUCACGAGCCGAUGAACUAUGCGCGGCGUGUGGCGUUUGUUGUUGCGUCUGGCGUGCCUGCUUACGUCGAUGUGGUGGGGACCGGAUACGCGGACGGGCGCAGGCCGCCCGACAUGGGGCUAGUGCAUGUGGCGAGGGCGCGGAAGCGCGCGCUGCUCGGACUCGGGCAGCUUCCGCCUGAGGCGCUGGAAGAUGCCAUGCGGGGGCUCACCGAGAGCGACCCAGUGGCCGGCAACGUGCUGCUCUCGCUUGAUAACCUCUCGCUGAGUGCGGUGGCCGAGUCGGUCGGCGACGAAGCGGCGAGCGCCGCAGUCCAAGACCCAUGGGUUCCGUACACGCACGCGCUCGGCCUCGCCUCCCCGCACACCCUCCCGCCCGGCGUCUUUGCGCCGCUGGUCACCGUCGCGCCGUCGUCGCUCGACUUUGGCGCGGUGCCGGCGGUGAUGCGGGGAGGUCGCGGCAGGGAUCGCCUAAGCGCAAUGCCGAGCGCGUCCAUGCGCGGGUUCUCGGUGCGGAAUCCGACGCGGGGCAAGAUGACGGUCCACGCGCGCGUCACCGGCGGCUCUGCAGGCGCAGACGCCUUCUCGCUGUCUGUGUGCGAGGCUGACGUGGGGCCGGGUGGAAGCGUGACGUUUAGCGUCACCUUUGCGCCGCGGCACCGUGACCGAUUCUACGGAACAAGCGUGGAGCUUUUUGUGCACUACAAGUCGAUGCGCAACUUUCGGCUUGUCAGCGACGCGACGGUUGUCCCGCCGUCGUACCUUGUGGUCCCGCUGCUUGGGCACUCGUACGAGGGCGGGGCAGAGAAGUUUAUGCCACAGGUUGCGGUGGUGCCUGCCGAAGAAGGCGUACACUUUAAGCCGUGCGUGGUGGGCGAGGCGGCAUACACCACGGUCUCGGUAGUCAACACCGGCAGCAUGCCGCUCAAGUUUGACGUCGGGCCGGUGGCGGGAGGCGAGGUCAUCGACGUCUUUCCGCGAACGGGAAUUGUGGACGGCGGCGAGUCGCGGAUUCUGAGCGUCGGCUACCUUCCCGAUGAGGCCGGGCUGGUGGAAGCGACCAUGGCGAUUAUGAUCAACAACUCAAGCGCUAACGCGCUCGAAGUAGCGCUCGCCGGGGUAUGUGACGCGCCGCGGGUCGUGCUCGAGAGUUCCCGGAACGGCGAGGCUUCGCUGUACUUUAAGCCAACACAUAUUGGCUCGUCGACAGUCCGGUACUUUGAGGUGACCAAUCCGGGCACGCUUCCACUCGCAUUUCAGUGGGUGGUGCCGUCGCGAUACGCCGAGGUGCUCAAGGUGAGUCCUCCCAGCGGAGUGCUCUCCGGUGGGUCUGAGGCGCGUGUUGCGUUUACCUUUACGCCCAACUCGGAGGCCAAGUUUCACAUGAAGGCGAGCUGCUUUGUGAUGACGCUUGCUGCGGAUGGGGCAUAUGCCGGGCGCGAGUUUGAGCUGCCGGCAGUGCCUGCGCCUGGGACGGAUGACCAAAGUGGAUGGCGUGAGCACUCGCUCAAGCUGUAUGGAGCCGGAACGAGUGCGGCGCUCGAUUUCUUCCCGCGGUCGCUCGACUUUGGCAACUCGCCCGUCCACGAGCCUUCGUCUGGGGAGAUCCGUGUGUUCAACCGUGGCGAGGCCGACGUGGGUCUGUACGUGUACGCGGCAGCAGUCUCCGAGUCGGGCACAAGCAUGCCGGGAGGACAGACCAGGAGCCUAAGCGGAAGCUCGACCAAUGAGACGCUCGAGGUCAUCCAGCUCUCUGCCGAGUUUGUGGUGGUCCCGUCGCGGUCGUCUGCAAGCGUGGGAGUGACGUUUGCGCCGCGAGCGCGCGCGUACUACGCGUACGGUGUGUACUGUAUGGUCCUGCCGCACGAGUCGAAUGUGGACAAGCUGAGCGCGGGUGUGGGGCCGGACGCGGCGUUCGAAAAGUACCUUCGCGGUGGGCUCGGCGCGGCGGGGCAGCCGCUGCUGAUGGCGGACGUGACUGGCGUCGGCGAGCUGCCGUCGCUCGCGGUUGCCGACUGCUUUGUGGGGCGGAGCCCGGGCAAGGCGGUGUGGUGGCGGCGGCUCUCGCUCGACCUGCUCAAUAUCGAGCUUGCCAUGAACUUGUCGCGGGCGGAGGAGGUGUUUGCGGCGACACGCGAGAACAUUGUCGAGGCGCCGAUGUAUGCCGGGCUCGUCUCGACGCUUCCAACGUUUGACCUCGACCUCGGAUCCGGGGUUGCCGGCAGCGGGGCGAGCGUGGUGCGGCUCCGGUUUGUCAACCGCGGCUCAACAAGCGUCAAGUUUGAGUUUCUCUACCCGUCGGACCUCGAGUGGUGUGACAUCCAGGGCCUCUCCGAGUACGAUCUCGACGAGGAGCUGCUGCGCGCCAACAAGCUCUUCUCGUUCUAUCCCAAGAGUGGGCAUGUUGCGGCGGAUGGGGCAAUCAACGUGGAGCUGACGUACCACCACCUUGUGCCCGGCGAGCAUGGCAUCGAUGUGGUGCUUGCGCUGGAGCGCGGAAAGCAGGUGACGCUUGCGCUACAGGGCGUGACGCACGCGCCGCCUCCGGGACCAACGCUCCACUUUGGGACGCGCGGCCACUUUUUUGAGCCCGUGCCGAUCGGGGUGGAAGAGCCGUUUGUGCAGAGCUACGUGCUCCACAACGAUGCUGGGACUGAAGUGGCGUGGGAGCUUGAGAACGUCGACGCCGCGCUUGCGGCCUUCAGGGCGGAAAACUACGAUGUGGACGUGCUCGUGCCGCUGAUGCGUAGCGGGCGGAUCGAGCCUCGCGGCAGCGGCAUGGUGCGGUUUGUGUUUGCUCCACUCGAGGCACGCGAGUAUGCGUUCCCGCUCACAGUUGCGAUGAGGAACGACGACGGGAUUGUGGUCCGGCAGCAGAUUGUGUUCUACGGCGUCGGGUACCACCCGUCACUGCACGACGUUCUGCCGUGGACGACCGCGCCGCCGUCGACCGCGCCUGCGGCGCCCUCGCUCGGUCUCGCGCCGACGCUGCCCGACGGACGAAUCAACGUUGUCGGGUACCUCACCCUCGAGCGAGUGUGGUUUGGCGCGCUUCCACUUCACUCGAUCAACCGGUGCCUGGUUGGCGUGGCCAAUCCGAGCGCGGAGCGGCGGGUUGCGUUUGAGUGGCUCAGCCUCCCUGCCCAAGUCUACGGGUACGAGCUGGUGGCGGUAGAGCCGUCGAGUGGUGAGAUCGAGGCUGGCGGCAUGGUGACGUGCUCGGUGGUGUUCCGCCCGAUGCAGCAACCGGAGAUCUACGAGCUCGAUAUCGAGUGCCGGCUCAAGGUGCUUGACGGCGAGUGCAGCGAGGGCGCGCGGGCUGUCGAGGUGCAUGUAGAGGCCGAAGAGGUGUUUGCAGUGGACAACUCAGAUCCUGCGCGGUUUACCGGGCGCGCGGUGGCUGCAGGAAGGCGCGGGGCGCUUGACAGUGCGCCUCGCCGGUCGCGACGGUCACUGGUGUCGCGGCAGGGAGACGUGCGUGGGCACGGCCUGGGAAGGCCUGGGUCGGUGGCAUCAGUGCGAACGCUGGCUGGGUCGUCACUGGCACGUGGGCGAGCUGCAAUCGGGCUGCGGCGGGCGGUGAAGCUCGGCAAGGUCGACGGGAGCGAUCCGCUGCUCGAGGCCGGCGGCUCUCGGCUCGAUGGACGGAUCGGGGUCGGAAGCGGGAGCGGACGUGUGGAGCAUGUGAGGUCGCACUCGGUGUGGCUCCACAUCUCGGCGGCGUCGUUCCCGGUCGAAGUGUACAAGGAGACGUACGCCGACUUUGAAACGUUUUUCGUGCCGCGGCAGACCAAGCGCGAGACAUGGCGGACUGAGGCGGAGAAGCACGAGAUGCCAGCAGCGACGGUCUCGCUCAUCAAGCGCAUCCAGCAGACGCCGUCGGAGGAGGAGAACAAGACGGUGGUCAAGUCUGUGCUCUCGGAUAUUCUGCAGGACAUCAUCUUUGACCCGGACAUUCAGGAGACGAUCGAGGCCGUGGAGCGAGCGCCGAUCCCGCUCUUUGCACAGCUCACGCCGCAAGUCCCGCUCUCUGUGGUGCGGAGUGGGCGAGGACGCAGCGAGAGCACGAGUGUCAGCAGCAUCGCAAGCGAGAGCGGCGAGAGCGAGCAGCCGGUCCUCUCGCGGUUUGCCUCGUUCCACCGCGAGGUUGCUAGCGAGGUUGUGUCGCGGGGCGACGGUGAACGGGCCGGAUUUGGCGGCGGCGAGGAGGCUGCCGACGUCAAGGACGAUGAGGAGGUUGUCCGGGAGGCGGUUCUGAGCCGAGCAUCGGUUGUCAGGGUUGUGGGAAUGGACGAGCUGCUGGAAGGCGUGUUUCAGGGCACAAUCGCGAACCUCAUGGCCGAGGUUGUGGAUGGAGGAUUUGAUGUGUUGGAGGCGCCGAAGCGUGUUGUGGGAAUGGAUGAGGUGGAGGAGGUGUAAACGUGCAGGCGAGC